CCACUAGCAGAACGCAUUCCGUGCUUCAGAUGUUUCAAAUGCAGACGUCUAUCUGUAUCAUGUUGUUACUGUCGAGUGGGGCUAUCAGCGCCGGUCUAGAAAAAGUACUACCAUUAACAGAACUCAUAGCUGAUAUUUAUCAUCAGUUUGAACGCGGUUGCAUAUUUCUGAUGACCUCUCGCGUUCAACAACAAGGUUUUGAAGCUAAGAUAUUGAUGCAGAAAAUUCGAAAGCACUUAUUAUACGAAUAUAUUCCUAUAAUGGAUACGGUAUUUAGAACUGGCGUCAGCAGAAGGUGUUCUACUCAGCGGUCUAUAUACGUCGUACUCAAAGGCGAUGCAGAAACAAGAAACUACAUACAUCAGUCAUUUUUGAAGACACACUCAUCCAGAGCCAUCUGGUUGCUGUUCCUGGACAAGAACUCUUCCCUGGAGGAGUUCUUCACCGACAUUAACAUCCCCUUCGACUGCGAGUUCCUGGUGGCUCAGCCAGAAGAUGACCACGCCGUUGGUCUGACCGAAGUGUACCGUGUUAGCCCCACACUUCCCCUGCAGACAUACCGUUUCGGCAACUGGACUCCUGCUCGCAGCCCAACCUGGCCUUCAACGAACUUUCUUCUUAGAAGAAGCAAUCUACAAGGAUGUGUCAUUCGGGCAACUUAUAAACACGAAUACUUGGUCGUCAACAUAGUUAAUAAUUCAGACGGAUCUGAGGUUGCUGAAGGAUAUUUUGGGCAGAUGUGGACUACAAUGGCGGAGGAAAUAAACGCCAUCACCGUGUACCAUGAGACGGAAUCUUACGGCUCUAAAUCUGCAAACGGGUCAUGGAGCGGAAUGAUAGCGUUGGUGAAAAAUCGGGAGGCCGACAUCGGUAUUGGAGAUUUCACAGCAACAAGUGAACGAUCCAAUGUGGUGGACUUCAUAGACACAGUCGAAUUCUCAAGCACCAGAGUGUUCAUAAGGAUACCAAACAGCGCAGACAUGUCCUGGAACCUCUACCUCGCUCCUUUCAGCUACGGCCUGUGGCUGGCAGUGGCCAUUGCUUGCUGCGCCCUCAGCGUCUGCUUGGCGGUCACCAACAUCAGUUAUGACGGACAGAAGAGGAACCCGACCCUAUCUGUGGUGGCCAUAUUCUUUUACAUCCUCGGCUGUUUGUGCCAGCAAGGUCAGCGAGAUGCAGUCAACAACACCGCAGGGCGCAUUGUGACGCUGACGUCUUACGUGAUGUCACUGGUGAUAUUCGCCGGUUACUCUGCGUCGCUCAUCUCCAGUCUAGCCGUGCAGCCCAGAGCCCUGCCCUUCAGGGAUCUGCAGGGACUGUUGUCCGACGGUUCCUACAGGCUCGGUGUCCAGGAAAAUUCCGCUGUUCUCAACAUUUUUGAUGGAGCCGUGGAAGGAGUCGAAAAUGAAGUUUACAAGAAACUAAUUGCCCCCUUCACGAACGAUAUACCGAGAGACGACUCUGAAGGGUUUAAAAAAGUCUGCACUCUGCACAAGUACGCCUACGCAGGCUCUUACUUCGUCAGUCAGCAGUACAAGGGGGCGACGUUAUGUCAGAUGACAACACUUCCUGGAACUUCCUACCCGGAACCUCUGACCUACAUUAUUUCCAAGAAGAGCCCUUACAAGUACCUCAUCAAUUGGAAGUUAGCUCAACUUCGCGAGAAAGGAAUUCAAUCUAGGAUUCGCCAACACUACAUAACCUCAAAGGCAUCUUAUGUAAAUCGUUCUGCAACAACAGUGAACUUAGCUGCAGUAGCGCCAAUUCUGGUUGUGUUUGUGGCCGGAAAUUUGAUUGCAAUUUUCCUAUUGGUCAUAGAGCGACAGAUCCAUGGGAACUUAUUCAAAUGCUGGCCAGUUGGAAACUCCCGACGGCCAGAAAACAACGAAUGUCGAAAGCGUUAUAGCAAUCGAUUGCUUUCACUCUCACACAAAAAUGUGUACCGGCCUCCACUCUAUAGGAACAUCCAUCGCUCAAUACGCAAACAUAAAUGUAAAUAAAAAUACAUCAACAUA